AUGUCUGUAAAACCUUGUUUAGAUCCGGUAAAAUCGUAUUUCGAGAACACUCCUGUCUCAGAAUGGUCGUAUAUGGCAUUCUUGGAAACACUGAAGCCUAAUUGCAUCUCUGAAGUUCGCACGCUGGUUGACCAAAAAUCUAUAUGGAGAAAACGAUAUCUUACAUAUUUAAGUAACAUUCUUAUCGAGAAAGAGCAGGAUGAUACUAGCAAGAAGCGUGCAACUUUUCUGAUUCAACAGAAACGUCCACCUGAAGAAGAAAACUUUUGGAAUAGUGUCAAAAUUGAAAAGGAGCUAAUGAUAAAGGAGGAUAUUUUCGAUAAAAAAACGCAAAUCGGCGCAUUGGAUGUUAUUGAUGUUUCUCGUAAUCAAAAAGUCAAUGAAUAUGUUGAUAAAGUUAAUUCGCGACUUUCGAAUGCAAGAGAAGAAGUGGAUGCAUCAUCUGGACAUAAGCGAGUUCGUUUUCAUGAAAAUCCUUCAUCAAAAAAGAAAUCUAAAUCAGGAAAAAAGAGUGAUACUCUACCUGACGGUACAAAGAUUACGAAGCCAUCUCCUAUAAAUUAUGCACAAACGGAUGAAGGUAAUGAAACCGGUGAUGGGAUUCCUUCGAAUGAAACAAAUGAUUAUAGCGACGAAGAUGAAGAAGCUUUGCCUCCAGAAGACUCGCUUGCUAAUGCCCUUUCCAGCUCAAAAGUUUGGACUUUGCCUUCAGGAAAGAACGUUGGUGACAUCUACUCUGAAAAAAUAUCUGAAAACGCACGCACAGUAAAAAAUAAGAAGAGACUAACGGCAAUUGAAAAAGCCAUAUUGCGAUAUGGUGCAUCAAGGAUAAUUGAUUUAUCCGCUCACAUGAAAAAGUGGUUUUGCGAAAACGACAAAAAGUUCAUUAAGAAAGAUUACGAAUCUAUGUUGCGAGUUCCCGAAAUGACAGGCAAGGAGAGUUCAUUUGUUCUAAAAGUCGAGGAUAUGGUAUGUAAAGGAAACGUAAACCAGGCAUAUAAAUACUGUACGGAAAUCCAUUCAAGUUCAAUCGAAGAUAGUUACUUAUAUAAAAUAAGUAAAAUAUAUGGAGAUUUCAUUUACAAGAGCAAAGGCCAAGAAGAUAUUUUAGAUUUUACUACAAAAGGUGCACACACAGAAGUAGACAUAAUUCUAAAAGCUUGUGCGUACAUUGUCGAGGGGCUUAACAAGAGCCUCACAAUUUACCCAAGAUGGUUGGAGUUUUCCGCCAAGGCUACAGCAACAAAAACGAUUGUUCCUUUCCUACAAUUUGCUGGAACAAACAGACAAUUAUUGAUUGAAGACCUGAUGGAAGGUUUUUAUGUCGUUUUACCCAGACCUAAAUUUGAGUUACCGACGAAACUCAAGAGUAUUGGAAAGUUAAAGACAUGUAUUGGUGAAAUGUAUGUCAAAACAUGCAAAACAAUAGAAAAUGUAGAAACAUCACAUAACGAAUUCGAUGAUAUUGAUGACGAUGUUGAUGAUACAGUCAAGUCUAUCCCUCAUA